CAAGGAACAGCUGAAUGUGAACGGUUUCCAGCAGCGGUCGUUUAUGAUACAUCCAGCACUGUUGAGAGAGACAAUACGCAGAUUACCUCCCAGGGAGGACAGUUGGAAUUACUGGGAUAGCUAAGCUGGCAGCUGGAUAGCGUGCGUAGUGGUAGAGAUGGACGGCGUCUCCAGCCAGCCGCAUGACCACGCCAAAGCCAGCAAUCACGAUGCAGCAGCUCGCCCGCACAUUCCACACCUCCUCCCAGGACAGCCCGAAUCCGCCAAAAAUGUUGAUUCAUCCACUCUCCAGUGCUGUUGUGGCCGUGUGGACUGCGCAUAUCUGAAGCACAACAAUGUGGCCCUGGAGGAUCUUGAGAAAGAUCUAGAGACUGCUGCCCGUCUUGGUCAGGCUCUGCUGCAGCGGCAUGAAGCAUACGUUUCCGACGCCGAAUCUGAUCGCGCGCGCAUGCUUUCCGAAAUGGAGCGUCUCGAACACGACCGGAUGGAGAUGCAGGCCGCCAACGCACGCAUUGUCGAGGAGAACCGCAGCCUGCUCGAACAGCUGGAGGGGUUGAAUCACGCUGUUGCGACCUCUGACACCGAGGUCAAGGCCCUCACAUAUCGCUUGGAGCAAACACAGUUGGAGUUGAACGAGCUAGCAGCAUCGGCUGCGCGCGCCGCUCAGUUGGAAUCGCAGCUGAGUGCGAUUGAAGCGGAACAGUUGCAGCUACAGCAACAGCUGAUUCUAACCCAAGAGGAUGAGAAAUCGGCGGUGCACAGGUGGAAGAAAGCAGAGACGAUUUUGCGCGAUCUACAGGAGCAGCUAGAUCAACUCGAAUAUGAAGCGCGGACGGAGAGGGAGCAGCAUACGCAGAUUGUGGAGCGCAUGGAACGGCGAAGAGCCGUUGAGCGCGAACUCGACUCGGCUGCUGGACGGCUCAAAGGUGCUGCAGCAACUUCGGCCAUGGAUCGCAAUCGUAACACUGCUCCGGUGGUAUCGAAAUUUGUUCGCGACAUUUUACAGGACAACGCUAACCUGCAGAUGGGGAUUGUUGAGUUGAGAGAGUUGCUUGAAAAUUCUAAUCAGGAAGUUGAGAAUCUCCGCGAGCAAGUUCUACAGCAUCAGCCGCUUAAUAGCCAUGACCUGGGAUCCCGACAGAAUGCCUCACGUUUGGAUGAAGAGCUCAGGUCGAAAGAGCCUCGUCCUGUUUCGCAAGAAUUCCACUUCCAUCAUCACUACCAUUCACCCACAUCUUCUAUCAGCGGCGCCAAGAAGGACAAACAGCCUCUCCGUCGUCCAAAGAAGAAGCGACCGUCACUGGUGACAUCUGGAAUGCAUACCCCCAAGUCCUCGUUCCAUCGUUCACACCACUCGUCAUCCUCAACAUCGACAAUCAUGUCUCAAACCUCCGCCUCCAUUCCACCUUCUCAACGCUAUCCUAUUCAUUCCUCCGGAGUUACUUCCUUGGCUAGUUCACCUGUCUCCGCUUAUCAGCCAUCGUCGAUAUUCGAUGUUGUAGAUCAAAGCGAGAUAUCCCGUCCAUCGAGUCCUGAAAGUCUUAUCUUUACCUCGCCCAAGAUAGGGACUUGGAAGAAUCGCAUAUCUGAUGCGUCGAUUCGAUCAUUCUCUAUGCCGGCGGGUCUACAAGGACUUGCCUCUCCAUCUAUGGACGGCGAAGAAGAUUUUUCUGGGCAGUUCGAAGAUGUACCAGUCCCCAGCAUCACUAAUACUGCCAAUGACGAUAUGUGGCUUCAUCCUGCUAUUCCCGAGGAGCAGGAGGAUGUUUCAGUUGAAGAGCAAGAUCAAACUGCGGAUGCAACGACAGAAAUGCACUCGCAAAAUGAAGACGCCCCCGGUCCGGAUAUCACAGAAGACAUUACGGAAGACACAUUUGAACCCAUGCAAUACCACACUCUCCGAAAAUCAUCAUCCCACGAAAGCCUGCUCUCUAUAUCUGGAAUGGAUAUACACACAUUACGUGACCGUCCUUCGCAGCUCUUAGUCGCUAUGAACUCCCAAUAUUUCUACCAACGCCCUCGACGAGUGGUGUCCACUGGAACUGAACUGUCCUCUACUCCCCCAGUGAUAUCGACGACAAACAUCACGGCUGACAAAAUUUCACGUGCACCAUCUCGAAAAACAUCACACUCUCUACUCGCAACUGUAGCCGCCAAGAACAUGCUACUCCCACCAACUCCCACAGGAACCUCAACCCUAAGCUCCUCCGAAUCUAGCACAUCAACCACCAAACCCAUCCCCAUAACCGGAAAAGCAAGCACCAUCGGGCGCAAAGUCGGCGGGUGGGUGAUGGGACGAUGGGGCGUAGCACCAUCUCCUUCCCACAACUUACAACAACAACCCGACGCCGAUAUCGCAAGCCUGUCAAGUGAAUCUACCCUCACCACAGCUCGUUCCUCCGACGUAGCAACCGCAUCAGAUACCCCAUCAAUCACCAAACUCAAACGAUCCGCCCCUCCACUACUCAUGCGAGCCUCCGGUAUUAACCAAAAGGGCCCAAUUCCAGGCUUUUUCCCUGCUGCGCCACCACCGAUCUCGAUCCAUGUGAAUACGUUGGAUCAGGCGUUAUUGGAAGAGAGUUUGAGGGAGUAGGUCACUUUUUUAUACGACCUGAUUUUGAUAUUGGUGGAUUCUUUCAUUUACUUGCUUUUGUUUACUGAGCCUUCAUUAUGAUACCCCUUUCUUAUCUUAGCUGGCAACCCGGACACUCGUGGUUUCUUUUGUUGGUAUAUAUUUAGCCCAUGUCAGGUAUAUUUUUGGCAUUGCAGAUACAUGGCUAUACGCCCAGGAGUUCAUUCUAGUGAAUACUGUUUAUAAUUAAUACCUACCUAACCUUGAUAACAAUAUCUUAUCAUUGAUUAACAUUAUUACUGA